GUACAUACAGGGAUUAAAAUGACUAAAACAGUUUAUUGUUAGGAGUAUGUUGCAUUGUUUGAAAAAGGAUGUGCAAAUUCUGACAGACUUAGGAAGAAUUAUAAAUUCGAGCAUGUAUAAGUUAUGAACCGGUGUUUGGUUAAUUUUUGUUAUAAAUAAUUUGUCGUUGCUCUUUGAGAAUGUCUGAUGGUUAUGAUGUGGAUUGGGUAUUCUAUCGUGACCGACCGGAAUGGAAUGAUGUAGAACCUGUUCCUCAGGACAGUGGAGCUUAUCCUGUUGUACAGAUAGCUUAUUCUGAUAAAUUUAAAGAUAUAUUUGACUAUUUCCGUGCUGUUUUGCAAAGAAAGGAGAUAAGUGAAAGAGCCUUCAAACUGUCGGAAGAUGCAACUAAGGUUAAUCCAUCUAAUUAUACAGUUUGGCAUUACAGAAGAAUUUUACUUCAGGAACUCAAAAAAGAUUUGAAUGAAGAACUAGAAUAUUCCCAGCAUAUGAUUGAAGAUAAUCCAAAAAAUUACCAAGUGUGGCAUCACAGGCAAGUUUUGAUAGAAUGGUUAAAAGAUCCCUCAAAAGAAAAAAAGUUAACAGAACACGUCUUAAUCGAAGAUGCUAAAAAUUACCAUGCCUGGCAACACAGGCAGUGGGUGAUUAAAGAAUUUGAUUUAUGGGAACAUGAAUUAGAAUUUGUGAAUUGUCUUUUAGAGCAAGAUAUUCGAAACAAUUCAGCGUGGAAUCAGCGAUUCUUUGUAAUUGGUCACACAGCUCAACUUACGGAUGAAGUUUUAAGUCAGGAAAUAAAAUAUACUCUUGAAAGUAUAUCCAAAGCUCCUCAUAAUGAAAGUCCUUGGAAUUAUUUAAGAGGCACAAAAACAUAUUUGUGAUAUCAUGAGAAUAUUGCUCAGGGGAUAAGCGCAUACAUACCCUUAGGACAUCCUAAUUCGACUCCUAUCAACAGAGUGCAAGAUGUUAUCAGGAUUUGAAGUUCUACUUAUUACAUUCUCAUUCAAAAUGACCUACUAGUAAACUGCCUAUUAUAUCCUUAGAAUAUCUAUCCAAGUCCCGUCAACAGUAUGUGGCAUGUUAUUAGGAUUUAAAAUCCAUAGUAUCUAAAUGUACCGAUAGAUAGUGCUGUCAGGGUUCACAUUGCUGUUGGAACGCAAAUUACUGAGACGUAACAUGCGCAUUGCAGACAUGGCUAAGAUAAAAAUGCAGAGCACUUAUGACACACUUGACAUUUUGUCUGAGUGCUUCAUCAUGACUGAUGAAAAAGAAUCAUGCUCUUCUCAUGAAGCUUUCGUAUUAGAAUGAUGACUGUGUGUUAACAGCUAUUAAGAAAUUCUGGACAUUAAAAGGCAUAAAAUCUGGCCCAAUGACCACAUAUGGCUUGAGGAAAAUGAUAGAUAAAUUUAAUUCUGCUGAUCUGGAAACACAGGAAUGGUUUGCACUCUGAUUUCUUGCGCAGAUGGAAAUGGAUAACGAAUGGCUUUGGAACAUUCUGGGGUUUGACAAAGCUCAUUUCCAUAUGCAAGGUUCUGUAAAUAAGCAAAAUUGCACGAUAUGGGUGAACAAGAAUUCGUUCCCACUGCAGCCACUACCUCUUCACUCUGAAAAGUUGACUGUGUGGUGCGGAGUAACGGCAGUGUUUGUCAUCGGUCCGUUCACAUCUGCGGAUCCCAUUACCUAUGCAGUUACUGGAAAGCGGUAUGAAACAUUUUUACGUAACUAUGUAUGUCCUUCUGGCUUUUCAGCAACAUCAGUUUCUGGAUUGCACUAUAUUCAUGCAAGAUGGCGCUCCUCCGAACAUUGCUACUCGUGUGAAGCUGCUGCUGAUCGCCCAUUUUGGAGAAGAUAGUAUUAUAAGCCGCCAUUUCCCAAUAGUGUGGGUGCU